UUUUCUCUGUUGGGAUUUGUUGUAAAUUUCAUCCUCUGUUUUUUUUACCUUCUUCAGAUCUGUUUCCUUCUCCCUGUUUUUCGUGCUUGUUGAUUUUUCAAGUGUUAAGAUAGAUAAACAAUGAGUAAAGAAGAGCUUAUGAAGAUCCAAACUUGUGUUCUCAAAGUUAACAUACACUGUGAUGGGUGCAAGAACAAAGUGAAGAAAAUUUUACAAAAGAUUGAAGGGGUUUUUAAAACCACCGUUGAUUCUGAGCAAGGUAAGGUAACAGUACUGGGAAAUGUAAACCCAGAUGUUCUCAUCAAGAAGCUUGCAAAAUCUGGGAAACAUGCAGAGCUUUGGGGUUCUUCAAAAGCAACCAACAACAACAACAAUAAUCAGCCCAAAGUAGGCCAGCCAACGCCUCAACAAUUGCAGCAGCAUCUUCAACAGCUUCAGCAAAUGAAAGGGUUUCAAGAUCUGAAGCUUCCUCAGUUGAAAGACAUGAAGAAUAGUCCUAUUCCCAACAACAAUCAGAAGGGUUUGAAGUUUGCUGAAGAGGAUGCUUUGAGUGAUGAUGAUGAUUAUGAUGAUGACGACGAGUUGGAUGAUCCUCGUCAUCCGCUUAACAAGAUGAAGCCCGUGAUGGGAAAUGCUCCAAAGGGAUUACCCAACAAUAUGAUGAUGUUGAAGGGGAUGAUGAAUGUUAAUCAUCCUCAGCUUAUGAAUGCCCAAAAGCCAGCCCAAAACGCCGGACCUAACGGUAAAAAGGGUGGUGCCGGUGGCAAUGGUGUGCCUGCUGGUGGUGGUAACAAUGGAAACGGAGGUAAAAAAGGUGGUCCUGUUGGAGGAUAUAAUAAUGGGGGAAACCCAAAUCAAGGUGGUGGCGGUGGUAGAAACGGAGGUAAAAAUGGACCUCAGGAGGCAAACAAGAACGUUGGUGGUGGUGUAAACAACGGUGGUCCAAACGGUGGCAAGAAGGGAAAUAAUGGUGUUUCCGAUGGGUUCCCAACCAUGGGUGGCGGCCCAAAUGGUGGAAACAUGGGUGGUCCUCAGAGGGCGGCUGCCAUGAACAUGGCAAUGGGCCAAAUGGGUAGCUUACCAAUGGGCCAAAUGGGUAACAUCCCAGCGGUUCAAGGCUUACCAGCAACCGCGGCUAUGAACGGCAAUGGCGGAGGCGGCAACGGUGGAUACUUCCAAGGGGCGGGUCCAGAUGUUAUGCCGGGUAAUCCAUACCAUCAACAACAGAUCAUGGCAGCAAUGAUGAACCAGCAACGUGCAGUGGGAGGAGCAAGUGAGAGGUUUCAGCCAAUGAUGCACGCUAGGCCACCACCAGCUGUCAAUUACAUGCCACCACCAUACCCAUACCCAUAUCAAUAUCCAUACCCGCAUCCAUACCCACACCCUCAACCCGACCCGUAUACCCACUUCUUUAGUGAUGAGAAUACCUCAAGCUGCAAUGUUAUGUGAAGAAGAUAUUUGGAAUUUAAUUUACCUUUAAAAAAAAAGAGAAAUAUUUGGAUUUAAGUUGAAAAAAAGGAAGUUCCAAGUUUGAUGAUGC